GACCUCACCAUGCCGUGGCCCCUGCUGCUGCUGCUGCUGGCCGUGAGCAGAGCCCAGACGACGCGGCCGUGCUUCCCCGGGUGCCAGUGUGAGGUGGAGACCUUCGGCCUCUUCGACAGCUUCAGCCUGACCCGCGUGGACUGCAGCGGCCUGGGCCCGCACAUCGUGCCCGUGCCCAUCCCUCUGGACACGGCCCACCUGGACCUGUCCUCCAACCGGCUGGAGACAGUGAACGAGUCGGCGCUGGCAGGGCCAGGCUACACCACACUGGCUGGCCUGGACCUCAGCCACAACCGGCUCACCAGCAUCUCGCCCACCGCCUUCUCUCGCCUGCGCUACCUGGAGUCGCUGGACCUCAGUCACAACGGGCUGGCAGCCCUGCCGGCCGAGAGCUUCACCAGCUCGCCCCUGAGCGACGUGGACCUCAGCCACAACCGGCUGCGGGAGGUCUCGGCAUCCGCCUUCACCACCCACAGCCAGGGCCGGGCGCUGCACGUGGAUCUCUCCCACAACCUCCUCCACCGCCUCACGCCCCACCCCGCGCGGGCUGGCCAGCCCACGCCCACCAUCCAGAGCCUGAACCUGGCCUGGAACCAGCUCCGCGCCGUGCCUGAUCUCCGAGACUUGCCCCUGCGCUACCUGAGCCUGGAUGGCAACCCUCUGGCUGCCAUCGGCCCGGGCGCCUUCGCAGGGCUGACAGGCCUAACACACCUGUCGCUGGCCAGCCUGCAGAAGCUCCCCCAGCUGGCACCCUACGGCUUCCGUGAGCUGCCAGGUCUGCAGGUCCUGGACCUGUCGGGCAACCCCAAACUCAAGUGGGCAGGUGCCGAGGCGUUCUCAGGCCUGGGCUCGCUGCAGGAACUGGACCUUUCGGGCACAGGCCUGGUCCCCCUGCCCGAGAUGCUGCUUCUCCACCUCCCGGCGCUGCAGCGCGUCAGCGUGGGCCAGGGGGUGCGGUGCCGGCGCCUGGUACGGGAGGGCGCCUACCCCCGGCAGCCUGGCUCCAGCCCCAAGGUGGCUCUGCGCUGCGUAGACACCCGGGAAUCUGCUGCCGGGGGCUCUGACGUCCUGUGACGAAUGUCGUGGCCCGGGGCC